AUGGCCCCCUUCUAUCGAGGACGCCAUGUACUUAUAAGCCAGACAUGUGAGCUCUCGAUCAGAUCCAAAUAUUCCAUUAUCAGAUCAAGCUCUUUCAUUUGGCAGUCAUCACCCAGCACUUCCAAACCGCCCCCUACCUUACCCACCAUCACACACAUACCAUACACAAUGGCUCCCGGAAUCCUAGUAGAAGAGCCUGCGGCUCAACUUCCUCAAGUCACCAAGAGCAACCUCGAUGCCCCCCGCCACAUCUUCCCUGACGGCAUCCGCACAUCUGGCCAGCACCCCCCUCUCUACGACGUCCUGAAGCCCUACUCUGAGUUCCCCAAGGAGAUCACCGGCCGCACAGUAUGGAAGCGCGAUGACUUCAUCAACAACCCUGAGAAGUGGGUGCACCCCUUCACAGAUGAGGAGGUUGCCGAGUUGUCCGCCACCGCCGACGCUUUCAUCGCCAGCGGCACACCACUCACCGGCAUCUCCAAGGAGAACUUUGUCCUUCCCAAGCUCGGCAAGGUCUUGACUGACCUCCGGGAAGAUCUUCUCAACGGCAAGGGCUUCAUCCUCUUCAAGCGCUUCCCUGCCGAUGUUUGGGGCCCAGAGAAGAACGCCGUCGCCUACAUGGGUCUCGGCACCUAUCUUGGAUACUUUGUCUCUCAGAACGGCCGCGGCCACGUCCUCGGCCACGUCAAGGAUGUCGGUGAUGACCCGACUCAGAUUCACACCGUCCGCAUCUAUCGCACUGCCGCCCGCCAGUUCUUCCACGCUGAUGAUGGUGAUAUCGUCGGUCUUUUGUGCGUACACCGCGCCCAGGAGGGUGGUGAGAGCGACAUUGUCUCGGUUCAUAACGUCUGGAACAUUCUCCAGAAGGAGCACCCUGAUGUUGCCGAGACUCUGACCAAGCCGAUCUGGUACUUUGACCGCAAGGGUGAGGUCAGCAAUGGCCAGGAGGAGUGGGUUCGCCAGCCUAUUGUUUACAUAGAGAACGGUGGCCAGGGCCGUCUCUACUGCAAGUGGGAUCCCUACUAUGUCAAGUCUUUGACCAGAUUCUCCGACAAGGGUAUCAUUCCUCCUCUCAGCGAGGAACAACUUCAUGCUCUGAAGGUGCUUGAGGAUACCUGCCAGCAGGAGGCUCUGCACAUGGUUUUGGAGGUUGGAGACAUUCAGUUCUUGAGUAAUGCUCACUUGCUCCAUGCUCGCACUGCUUACAGGGACUUUGCCCCUCCUGCUCCCAGAAGACAUCUCCUCAGACUCUGGCUCGCCACUCCCGAGGGUGAGGGCGGGUGGGCUCUUCCCAUGCCUGACAGCCAUGAGAAGAAACGUGGUGGUAUCCAGGUCAACGACACUCCUCCUCGUGCGCCUCUUGAUGCCGAGUAA